AUGUCCGACAUCUUUCGCGAUGCUCCAAUUGGACAGAUCAUUCGUCUCAUCACAAAGAACAAGAUCCUCCAAUAUCCAGAAGAAAAAGCCGAUUUCAAGUAUACAUCGGACUAUCUUAUGCCGCCUCCAGCAGAAGAGAAAGCAUUGGUGACAACAACAACAUCUAACACAAUACCUGUUGCAAAGAAUGAAGAAGUCGAGGGGCAAGCGGAAACCGCACAAGAAGACCUCGACACAUCUGACGAUGAAUCGACAACUCAAUCGUUGAGAGCGAAGCUGACAAUGUCAAGAAUUCUCAGUCGUCCCAUCAUAAUGGAGAGAACGGUUACCAUGGCGGAAGUGGCACAAGCGUACAAUGCAGCCGUAGAUGUGGAAAAUAUCUCAGAGCAAGUCUGCCAGAGGAUCAAGCCAAAAAUUAAUGAAGAUGGUAUAAUGAUUGUGGAUUGGUACUCGACCACUGAUCCCGAAAAUCCACAACAUUACUCAAAGGGAAAGAAGUGGGCAGUGGUUUUGCAGCUCUAUUUAUACACCCUCGCAGUCUACAUGGGGUCUGCCAUCUAUACCCCAGCCAUCCCAUAUAUUGAGCAUAUCUAUCACACCAUCCCAGUUGUCGCGUCCUUGGGCCUGGCUCUCUACGUUCUCGGCUAUGGAAUUGGACCUCUGCUCUUCUCACCGCUGUCCGAAAUUCCAGUAAUCGGACGCAACCCGCCUUACAUGGCAACUUUCGGCAUCUUCGUCAUUCUUUGCAUCCCAACUGCACUCAUCGAUAAUCUCCCGGGAUUUCUCGUACUCAGGUUCUUUCAGGGCUUCUUUGGUAGUCCUUGUCUAUCGACCGCUGGUGCCACUAUUGGAGAUAUGUACUCUCUCAUCCAAUUGCCGUACUUCCUAGCUGGGUGGGCAGGGUUUGCUACCGGAGGGCCCGCGCUAGGACCCCUGAUCAGCGGAUUUUCUGUUCCUGUGAAGGGCUGGAGGUGGUCCAUGUGGGAAAUGAUGUGGAUAGCAGGUCCUGUAUUUUUGGUGAUGAUGUUCUUCUUUCCGGAAACAUCUGCGCAGAAUAUCCUCCUCCGACGUGCAGCACGCCUUCGGAAACUUACCGGCAACCCGAACCUCAAAGCACAAUCUGAGAUUGACCAAGCCAAGCUCAGCGCCUCGGAAGUCGUCACCAUCAGCCUCUGGCGACCUAUCCAAAUCAAUUUCCUCGACCCUGCGGUAGCUUUCACGAGCCUCUACAUAUCUCUCGUAUAUGCUAUCUUCUACUCUUUUUUCGAGGUCUUUCCACUGGUGUAUGGCCCGAGUCCGGAUGGGUACGGUCUGAAUGCAGGUCAAAUCGGGCUGAUUUUCCUGAACAUCAUCGUUGGUGUGAUGAUUGCCAUUCCAGCGUACUUUGCUUUCCUCCACUACCACCUGGAACCUAAGAUGAAGAAACAUGGAUUUGGGGCUCCUGAAGAAAGACUCAUACCAGCUCUCUUCGCCUCGUUCUUGACUCCUGUUGGCCUUUUCAUGUUUGCAUGGACUGGUAGACCAAGCAUUCAUUGGAUAGUCCCAACGAUUGGCGUCACCAUCUAUACGGUUGGCAUAUUCAUCAUUCUCCAAUGCGUCUUCGUCUACAUCAGCAUGACGUACCCCGAAUAUGCUGCCAGUUUAUUUGCUGGCAACGAUUUCUGUCGCUCGGCAUUGGCUGCAGGUGCAAUCCUCUUCUCUCGACCACUCUUCUUAAACGUUGGAAUCGCAGAAGGUGUUACACUGCUUGCUGGAUUGACCAUCUCGGGGGUCAUUGGGAUCUUUGUGCUGUGGUAUUACGGCGCUAAUUUACGUGCGAGGUCAAGAUUCACGGCUAAGUGA